AUGUUCAACCUCUUCCACAAGGCUCAUUCAAACACUGACAACAAUGAACAAGAUUCCGAAAAUUUACAAACCAAGAAACAAAAAUUGAGACAGCCAGCGUUGAUUCUGAUUCAUUUUUCAAACUCAUCGUCUUUUCGAGAUGAUGAUGAUGAAAAUAAUUCCACCCACCUUCAAAGAUUACAAAUGUUAUUGAGGAAAAAAUUCUCAUUGCAACAAGUUGGAAAAAAGAAAUGGGUUUUGAAUCGGGAAUUGAAAUAUGAGAAAUUCUUUCCAGUGGAGUUUAUGAAUGAUCAAGAAUUUGUGUUUCAUCACUUAAAAAAGUAUAGGAUCGGACUAAAACACGCUUCAAUGCGACUACGAGACGACAGAGAAUUUGUGAUGCAAAUAGUUCAGCAUAAAGGAUCAGAAAUAUUUUACACCACAUCUCGAAAAAUUUGUCGAGACAAACAAGUGGUAAUGGCAGCCAUCAAGAAUGAAGUAUUUGCAGCUCUACAUGCCUCACGUAAACUUAAAAACGACCGAGACUUUGUAUUGGAGGCAGUCCAACUGAAUGGAGAGGUGUUGGCCAAUAUUGGUAGAACGUUUCAUCAAGAUAGAGAAAUUGUUUUAGCUGCUGUGAAACAAAAUGGAACCGUGUUGGGGAGAAUUGUUCAAGAGGAAUGGAGUGAUGGAAAUGUUACUCUUGAAAAGGGAAAAUUGAGGAGUGAUCCUGAAAUUGCAUUAGAAGCAAUCAAACAAAAUAAGAAGGCACUUUUUGAUGUACCAAAUAAUUUGCAUCGAGAUUUAAGUUUCAUGUCAAAAGCUCUUCAAUUAAUUUAUCCAGAUCUCAAGAAUUUUGAUUACUCAAGCAAAGAAAUCAUGCUUAACAUUGUUCAAGAUUUUCCUUUUUUACUUAAAUUUGCAUCGGACGAGAUCAAGAACGAUCGAGAUGUUGUUAUCAAUGCAAUUUGCAACAGUGUCCACUCACUUGAGUUUGCGUCUGACAGUUGUAAGAAUGACAAAGAGAUUGCACUUCUAGCUGUCAGGCUAGAAGCCAUUGGUUUGUGUCUUGUCUCUCAAGAAUUGAAGAAUGAUUAUGAUGUUGUAUUAGCUGCCGUUCAUCGAGAUGGAAAUGCUCUUAGCUAUGCCUCAGAAACAUUGAAACGCAACAAAGAGAUUUUAUUAACAGCUAUUAAGACCAACGCACGUGCUUUUAUAUAUAUGUCCAAGGAGUUGAAAUCUGACAAAGAAUUCAUAUUGCAAGUUGUAAGAAAAAAUGGAAGCGCUAUUGUAUAUCUUGAUGACGCGACAAAAGAGGAUGAAGAAAUUAUUGUUGAAGCUAUUAAGCAAGACCCAAAAGCCCUCAGAUACGCACCUACGAAAUUUCGUCAUGACCCACAAUUCUUAUUACGAAUGGUCAAACUUGGAUGCAAACAUUUUCUGUCCUAUAUUGGUUCAGAACUCCCUAAAAACAAGGAAUUCAUGAUACAAGUAGUGAAAGAAAUUGGUCUUUAUGAUUUGGCAUCCCCGUUUGUGGAAUACCCAUCGUUUGUGUGUUACGAUAAGGACAUUAUGUUAGAAGCAGUGAAGAAAGAUGGGUAUGCGUUGAUAUUUGCAAGCAAAGAAUUGCAAAACGAUCCAGAACUUGUGAUGGAAGCAUUGAAAUGUAAUGGCUAUGUUUCAGAGUAUAGUGAUGAAUUCUAUCGAGAACGAAUGCAAUAUUGCUAUCAUGACGCUUAUUUGGGAACAAAAAACAAUUCCAUUUGA